UUGUUGUUUCCCUUAGAAACGAAUACCGCCAUAGUGGUGUGUGAUAGUUUGCAGCAACAGAAUCACAACACUGCAAAAAUGCCACCAAAGGCAGCGCCGAAGUCUAAACAGGCCCAGAAAGGGAAAACUUCCAGACCAGCAGGGAAGAGUGGAAAGGAUGGAGAUGAUAUGACAGAUAUGGGCGAUACUGACGGAGAUGACUGGAUGAAUACUAAAACACUAGUGAAACCUGACGAUCAGCUGGACCUUAAUGACCAGGAAUUGAAAGAGGAAUUUACUCGUAUUCUGACAGCCAACAAUCCCCAUGCUCCACAGAACAUUGUUAGAUACAGCUUCAAGGAGCGACAGUAUAAGCAGACUUCCCAUGUUGACCAACUGGCCAUCCAUUUUGCCCUGGAUGGCAACAUGCUUCACAAGGAAUCAGAUGAGGCAAAGAGACAGAUGGCCAAACUGGGAAUCCCCGAUAGUGGUGAAGUAGCAGGAAGUGAAGGAGGGGAGACAACUCCUGCAGCCGGCGGUGCUCCGGCCGAGGGAGAAGAGGGAAAGGAUGAGACUUCAGCAACACAGGGCGAGGAAGCCGAACCGGCAAAAGAGGGGGAGCAGAGAGAGGAGGCAGGUACCCCAGGCCCAGGGACUGCUGCCAAAGGCGAAAAACUGACCAACCAGUUCAACUACAGUGAACGAGCCUCCCAAACAUACAACAAUCCAUACAGGGAGCGUGGUACUGCCACGGAACCACCCCCUAGAGCCACUUUUGCCUCAAAUGUCACACAGUGGGAAAUAGCUGAUGCCUACCAUGAAGACUUUGAAAAGCAGGAAAAGAGCAAGGAGAAGAAGACUAUUCCUGGAAGGAAAGAAGAGGAAAAGACCAGAAAGAAACUUACAAUCACUGAAACACAGGGAGAUGAUAUAUCCCGCAUUUCAAAGGCCACAAAAAUAGUAGAAAGAAUGGUGAACCAGAACACGUAUGAUGACAUUGCUCAAGAUUUCAAAUACUAUGAGGAUCCGUCCGACGAAUACCGAGAUAACGAGGGAACCAUGCUCCCGCUGUGGAGAUUCUCCUACGAAAAAGCCAAGAAACUGGCAGUUACCUCCCUUUGUUGGAAUCCUAUGUACAAAGAUCUGUUUGCUGCUUCUUACGGUUCUUAUGACUUCAUGAAGCAGGGCAGUGGAAUGAUUCUCUUCUUCUCCCUGAAGAAUCCCUCUUUUGCUGAGUACAUCUACGAGACUGACAGUGGAGUGAUGUGUCUGGAUGUCCACCCCGAGCAUCCCUACAUGGUCGCUAUCGGUUUCUAUGAUGGUAGUGUGGGUGUCUACAACGUACAGAAAAAAGAACCCGUCCAUAGGUGUACAGCCAAAAAUGGCAAACAUACAGACCCCGUCUGGCAGGUUAGAUGGCAAAAAGAUGACCUGGAAAAUAACCACAACUUUUACUCCGUGUCCUCUGAUGGUAGAAUAGUUCACUGGACCAUUAUCAAGAAUGAACUCCUGUUUGAGGACGUGAUUACCCUCACUCUGCCCGGUGCCGCCGGAGAGGGCCCUGAUGGGACCAAGGUCAACACCGUCGGGUGUGGGACAGCUUUUGACUUCCACAGAAAAAAUGACUACCUUUUUCUCGUGGGGACAGAGGAAGGUAAAAUCCACCAGUGUUCCAAAGCCUACAGCAGCCAGUUCCUGGACACGGUCGACGCCCACAACAUGGCUGUCUACAAAGUGCGCUGGAACCCGUUCCACCCGCGAAUUUACAUCACGUGUAGUGCUGACUGGACCGUGAAGAUCUGGGAGGUCAGCAGCAAAACCACCGCAGACAAGAGUGAAACCUCAUCAGUGGAGGCUCAGACCAAGAAACCUCUUUUUACUUUCGAUUUGAACAACUCUGUUGGUGAUGUGGCCUGGGCUCCAUACUCAUCUACUGUGUUUGCAGCAGUCACUGCAGAUGGCAAGAUGUUUGUGUAUGACUUAAAUAUUAACAAAUAUGAGCCCCUCUGUGAACAAAUGGUAGCUCAGAAGAAGAAAACCAAACUCACUCAUGUAGAGUUCAAUCCCAAAGACCCCAUAAUUAUAGUAGGAGAUGACAGAGGAAAUGUAACCAGCUUAAAGAUUUCACCUAAUCUUAGAAAAAUGCCAAAGGAGAAGAAGGGAGCACCACCCAUGGACCCCAAGCAAAAGGAGGACAAUGAAAUAGCCAAGCUAGACAAAAUCUUAUCAAUGGUUCGGGAGCCCAAUGAAGACAAGAAAUAAAUUAACUGUUACUGUUUGGGGGGGGGGGGGGGGUCUAGAUUUUCAAUGAGGAUUUACUUCGAAACCAAAAUUGUGAUGCUGGAAAUUAACCGUAUCCAGAUCUGAACAAUCCGUCCUUACAAGAUAUAAAAACUUGGCUUUUUUCAGACUUAUGAAUGAUGUAUUGAAUUGUUAUAAUUGUGAAUUGCUGUAACAUUAACUUUGAAAUGUAUUGAGAGACUGUUAUUAAGCAAUACAUUUAAUAUAUUUAGUUCUUUUAAAUUGAUGCAUUGUCUUUUUUAUUAUCAAAAUGUGAUAUUUUAAUUUAUAUGUUUAUUAAACAAAUGAAAUACCUUUAAUAA